GUUACUAAGAAGUCGUUAAAAAUAUUUUCUCAGAAUCAAUUGAGAUAAGGUAAAGCGUCGAUUUGAAUGACUGAUUAAAUUAUCGUACAUAGGAUAAGUGAAACUAAAUUCAAAAACAAAAUUCAUUAAUUGCUCAAAAUUCAAGAAACAUGGACGAAAGAGGAAUCGACAGUAUUGAACUUCGAGAUUAUCAACAACUGCUUUACAACAUCUGUGUAAACAAAAAUUCAAUUCUUUAUUUGCCAACAGGUUCAGGAAAAACAUUAAUUGCGAUUAAAGUUAUCGAUCACUUUAAUGAUGAUCUUAAGAAGCCACUUAGCGAAGGUGGAAAAAGAAGUUUGUUUCUGGUUAACACUGUGGUUCUUGCAAACCAAAUACAUCAUGAAAUCAAAAAUAUGUUGGGUUUAAAGGUGGCCUGUUGGAAUUCAGAGACACGGAAAACAACUUGGAGUAAAGAACGUUAUCAGAAUGAAUUUGAGAAUCACCAAGUGUUUGUUGCAACAGCUCAACUCUUUCUUGACGCCAUCAAACAUUCAUUUAUUUCAAUCCAACAGAUAAAUGUGAUUAUUUUUGAUGAAUGUCAUCAUGGUCGAUUGAAUCAUCCUUACCAUGAAUUGAUGAAAAUGUUUAAAUACAUUGAUCCCUUAGAUCAACCACGAGUCGUAGGACUGUCAGGUAUGUUGAUUGGAAUAUCUUCGUCUGUAAACGAAACUACAGUGAAAGAUGAACUGAAAGUUCUUGAAAGCACUUUUCUAUCAACAAUCGUCACAGUUCAUCGUUUGGAAGAAUAUAAAAAUGUUCUUCUCUAUUCAACAAAUCCAACAGAAAAUUUCAUUACAUACAACAUGUUAGAACCAUGUGAUUUAGCAACUCAAUUGAUUGCGAAAGUUGACAAUAUUCGUUGGAAUUUGUCGAAUAUGAAAUUUGCUAACUUAUUGACGAUCAAUCCUCAAACCUUGCGAAAAACAGCGCCAAAGAAGUUGAAAGAGUUGUCGUUGCUUUUUGAAGAUUUUAAGAAUGAACUGAAAGAAAUGGGAAUCUUUGGUGGUUAUUUAGCUUUGAAAGGUAUCAAAGUUCAAUAUGAGCUUGUUAAGAAACAACCAAAUCAACAUAAAGACAUUCUUACAGUUGUCGAUAUUUGCAUUGAAGGUGUCGAAGAAAUGUUAACAAUGAUUGAAGACGAAGUUGAUAUGAAAAAUCUCACUGCAAAUGAUCUAAUUGAAAAUUCUUCCUACAAAAUUCGAAUUUUGUUUGGACUUCUCAAAAAAAUGUUCACUGAGUCUCGAGUACGUGAUCUUCAAUGUCUCAUCUUCAUGACAAGAAGGUUCACAGCAAAAUGUUGCUAUCACUUGUUCAAAAAGUAUUCAGAACUUGAACCAAGUUUUCCAAUCAUUCCUGACUUUGUUGUUGGUGUGAAUAGCGAAUUGCCAGAGUCGAUUGACGAAGCUUUGAACUCGAAUAACAACAAAGAUGCCAUUGAAAGAUUUCGCAUGAAACAGUCAAAUUGUAUUUGUGCGUCAAGUGUUUUGGAAGAAGGAAUUGAUUUGCAAAUGUGUAACUUGGUUGUUAUGUAUGAUUAUCCAAUGACAUUCCGUUCUUACAUUCAAACGAAGGGACGAGCAAGAACAGUCGAUUCUAACUAUAUUGUUAUGCUUCCAACACAAAAGAAACAAAGCUUCCUUUUCAAACGUGACGUGUAUGAGAAAAUCAAUCUAAGUUUAAAGAAAAUGUUAGUGAUGAAAGCGUGCGACAGAGAACUUGACGAAGAUGGAAUUGAAAAUGAAAGACGAGAAGUUUGGGAGCCUUUAAUAACGAAACGAAGAGCAUUAUUGAAUAAUAUCAGCGCUGUUGCUCUUUUAAAUCGUUAUGUGUCGAGAUUUGGAAACGCAAACCUUAUGUGGACGAGAGAAGACAAAGGACCGGGAAGAAUUAUUGCAAUUUUAAAGUUGCCACCAAAAACCAAAAUUCAUGGUGUCAUUCGAAGUGAUCCAUUUGAUGAUAUAAAGCUCUCUAAGCAAAAUGCUGCUUUUAAGGCAUGCACAAAACUUCAUGACAUUGGUGAGCUUGAUGAACAUUUGAUGCCAAAAUAUUAUUAA